GAAAACACAUCAUGCCUGCAGCAUCGACACCACAACUCAGUAACGUGCAGCCAAGAUGGCGCAAGCGUGCGGGGCGUGUGGUGAGACGCAGUGGGCGCGAGAGCAGCUUUCUGGGCGUGUUGAAGGGAACUUACAUGUCACAGUGCGAAGGCGAUCGGAUGGCCGCAUGCGUCUGGAGUUGUGCAAAGAGUGCAAGCUGUACCACUGUCCCUUCUGCCAGCCAUCCGUCUACAAGCCAAAAGGAGACUAUGCGGGUGUUUGGACACAUAUAGAAAUCCACAGAAUGAGGGCCUUGCGACACGGAGAGUUUGAUAUUCAUUCGUGUCAUUUGCAAUGCAGAGGAGAAAGACAUUUUCAUUGUCCAUACUGUGCAAAGACGAUUAUAACCCGGAAGCAGUUUGAAAGUCACAUGGACAAAUGUGUGGAGACGGGAAGGUCAGCAACAGCAGCAACAGGCGGCCAGUCUGCUGCUCCACCUGGCGCUCCUGCUCAGCCAGCCACCACAUUCGGACAGUGUGCCAUCCUCCUGCUCAACCUCAACCCCCCUUCUCAGCAAACUAUCAUGAUGGGACAGUGUCCUGCUCCACCGCAGCCCCCUGCUCAGCCAAAAUCCACCGCAGACCAGCAUCCUGCGUCGCCUGACUGCCUUGUUGAACCGACAACUACAGCUGGCCAGCCUGCUGCUCCACCUGACCCACCUGCCCAGCUUCCAACCCCAGUGGUCCACCCAUCUGCUUUAACAGACAACCCUGUUAAGCAAACAGGACAAAUAUUCAGAACAGUACGGAAAAAAAUUAAAUGUCCAAUGUGCAACCUGUACUUACAUAAAAAAAAUCUAAGGAAACAUAAACUGAGGAAACACUUAAUUUCUGAGAAGGACAUCACAGCCAAAGACCAUCUCAGAAAUCAGUGCAUUGACUCUCAUAAUGGGGUGUACGCUGUAGCAAAGUCUUACAAGGCCACUGCCGUCCCAGUUCAUGUCAUUAAAAAGAGAUCAGGCAGCACACGCAAAAUGAUGUGCGAAGAAGAUCGAUGCGAGGUUAUUUCAGAUUUUCGGAGGAGGAGUGGCUUGCCUGAUAGCCAGUGCCCUCAUCUACGCUCUGUUGAUUUUUGUUUUACUCGUGCAAGCAGAGACGACUUGAAACCUGGCGUGUUGGAGGAACUGAUUGCCAAUAAAUGGAUUGGAAAGGACAUGGGGGCAAAGUGCCUGAACUACCGUGACCAGGCGACUCAGAACACGGCGCCACUUGUUACUCUUGUGGAUCUUGGUGGAAGUCAUUGCCUGUAUUUGUCUGUGUUUGAGCCCAAAGUGUCGCAGUACAGCAAGUUAGGCAGAUUAUUCGUGACAUAUAAUAUAAAAGGAAGGUUGUGGCAUUGUGAUUGUUCUCGGGGGAGAAUUUCCUGUUUGCACAAAUGCAUAGCCAAAUGGUAUCUCUUCCAAACCAACAAAGAGUUGUUUUCCUCAGAUGCGAAACGAGACGCACCACUGAGCAUCGCUAAACUGAUGGAAGACACACCUGCAGAAACCUCUGCAGAAAAGUCAGCUGGAACUGGGUAUCCACUCGGAGAAGAAGGACUAAAUCAAAUGGUGAAGUACAUUUACAACCAAAAAAAGCUGCCCUCCAUGCUUCCAGAAGACAUCACCCAGUUUGAGCCUGAUAUACACAUGUCAAAGCAUUUGGUUCCAGCUGAAACUGUCUGCCAUGAGUGUCCCGGUCAGGUUUCCCUAACAGAGCCGGUGCUGGUCACCAACAAAGCACGAGUCAUUUCUUUAACAGGAGUGAUGGAAGAUAAUUCCACUUUUUUCAAAAAGUGUCCUGACUGUGAAAUGGUAUACCAUUACCAGGAGUGGAGUGAGGGGCUUCACAACUACAACAACCACAUAAUCCUGAGUCUGCAACUGUGCAUGCUUCUGCAAGACUCGAUCAAGAAUCACAGUGCUGAUGGUGGAGUGGUGGAGGUGCUGGAACGGACAAUAGGUGACAAAGCUCCAUGUGGCAUGGAAGUGCUUCAGGCGUACCUCCACUUUGAAGCUCUUACAAGUCAUGACUGUCUGUCUUUAGUCAUGAUGGAUCUUUAUCAAAAGGGGAUUUUCAGCAUGGCAGGGAUUGAAAUUAAGGGCCUGCCUGAGUCCUUUACUGGAGAGGUAAAUGCAGAGGAAGUCUGGGAUUCAGUGUGCAUGGAGAUAAUAAGAAGCAGCCUGAUAACUCAAACGUCUACUGAUGCUGCGACUUUAGACAGUAACCUCAAAGAAGCUGCAGUGUCUGCUGUCACAACCUCCUUCGCGCUGGCUGAGAGAAAGAGGCUGUGCAAACAAAGAACAGAGGAGUGUCACAGGGCUGUGGCCAGGUAUCUUGUGAAAGGAUUGCAUCCCCUGUCCACAGUGGAGUCACCGUGGUUUAGAGAGAUGACAAAAACGCUAAACCCAAAGUACCGCCUGCCUUCCAGUGAUCAGCUCAUAAACACACUGAUACCUUCAUGGUAUUGUGUGGAGAAGAAACACAUCAUCAGAGAGCUGCUUCAGGUGUCUAAGGCUGCAGUGACAUGCGACUGGUGGACAAGUUUUGCCGAUGACCAUUACCUGACAGUUACUUUGCACUUCAUAACGAAAGGCCAGAUGAAGCAGAAAGUGCUGCGUACGAGGCCAGUUUAUGACGCUCAGACUGACACAGCAGUGGCAGAGCACAUAGGUGGUGUACUGCAGGAAUUUGGUGUCAGAGACAAAGUGGUUGCCAUGACGGUGGACAAUGCCUUCAGUUUGGACAUUGCCAUCAAGAAACUGCAGUUUAGGAAACUGAGAUGUUUUGCUCAUAUACUCGGUCUUGCUGCACAGAAGGUGUACACCAGCUGCACUGUGGCCACAUGGGCAUCACAAAUAAGAGCUGUUGUUGUGUGGAUCAAAAGGUCUUCCACAGCUCAGGCAGUUCUUCAGGAGAAACAGCAGCUUUUGAAUCUCCAACAGCAGUCUGUGGUGCUUGAUGUCCGAACACAUUGGAACUCGCUGUACCUCAUGGUGGAGAGGUUUGUCGAGCAGUAUGCUGCCAUACAGGCCACCAUCACAGAUCCACAGUUCAAACCCUGUGUUGAGAAGAAAAGGCUGGAAAUGCUCACAGACGAUGAUCACCAGAAAGCAGUGGAGUUCAUUAGGCUCAUGAAGCCUCUGUACACAUCUGCUGUCUGUGUCUCAGCUGACAAGAGUCCGACGUGCAGUCAGAUAUUUCCCAUCCUGAAAAAACUGGAGGCCCACUUUGAAAGCCAGGAAGAGGACACUCUGUUCGCAGCCACACUCAAGGGAAAAGUCUGGGGAGACCUGUCUACGUGUUACAGGGAUGACGAUACUUGGAAGUUCCUACAGGAGUCGAGUGCUAUGGAUCCAAGGUUCAAGAACAGAAUUGACUCGGAUGAGAUUUGGUACAGAGUGAAAAAUGCUGCAGUUCGAGUUUCAACCACAACAGAGGUGCCAGAUAAGGAGAAACACAAAUUUCAGCAGGAUGGCAGUGAUGCUGAUGAUGCAUCUGAGCAAAAUGAUAAAGAGUCUUCAGAUGAGUCUCCGUUUCCCAAAAGGCUGAGGUUAUCUGCCCUGGAGGAGCUUUUUGAGGAGGAGGACAGAGCUCUGAAGAGCAGUGCAGCAGCAGAGAAGACGCCUUCAAUACCUGAAAGAGUCCAGCAAGAGAUACAGCUGUACCGAAACCUGCCUGCAGCACCCACAUCAGAGGACGCUCUGGCCUGGUGGUGGGAGAGACGAGACACACUGCCUCUCCUGUCUGAACUCUCCAACUCGUACCUGUGUGUCCAAGCUUCGUCUACUCCAAAGGAGAGAGUGUUUUCCACGGCAGGAGACACAAUCAGCCACGAGAGGUCACACGUUCUACCAGAACAGGCAGACAUGCAGAUUUUUCUACAGACAAACUGUUAAAACCAAUACAGUCAACAACCAAUACAUUCAAUGCUUAAGUCCUGUUGUUUAUGAGACAUGUGUUCAAGUUUGUCAUUCACUGUGCAGCCAAACCUAUAAAAUAUCUCACACCUAUCAUACUGCAUCACUUCCUGGUCACAAGCCUCAUGCUCCUUUCCUUUUUUUUCUUCUUUCUAUUUUAACUUAUAAAGCCCCCUCUGUGCAGGUGCUGUAAAGUGGUGGUAACCUGGCAUGCUCCCAAUGUAUUCCAGCCAAACCGGUUGAGAAUGCACAGACUGAAUAGUGUACACAUGCAGGAAGACGACAGGUGAAGGUAUUAGGUAGAAAAGUGAGUCACAGAAAACUUGGCAUCCAAAGUUACUGAGGCCUAUUAAAGCAACUUUAUUCAAGAAAUACUGGCUAUUCAACAUCACUGCAAGAUGUCUAUACAGAUUUUAAAACAUGACCAAGGUGUCUGGAUGAACUGUGCCUUUGAAAAUGACAAAGCAAUGCGGAGAAAAGUUGUCAGGUGAUGGCUUCAGGUAUCAAAUGAUUCAAUAACUAGUCAAGUUUGAUUAUACCGGAAGUUUUCUGCACUUCAGCCCUUCAGCCAUAUAUAUCUCUGUUAUGCUUUUAGAAUGGGAAAAAAGACCCAAAAUGUAUAGCAAAUAUGGUGUGCAAGAUGAUUAAGCGACGAUAUAAAGAAACAGAAUUGCAUGUGUAAUAUUUAUAAAGCACUUUUCAAAAGCAGACACGUAUGGUUUUUAGAUUAAUAGACAAACAUAACACGAAGUGAUAUUUG